AUGUCUAACACUGCUAAACAAUUAAAAGUUUUAAAUUCAAUCAGUUACUCCACCAAGUUGACUCAAAUCCUAAUAGAUACCUCCAAAAUCUCGCAAAUUAGAUUAAUCUUUCAAAAACAAAACCAUAAUGGCCAUAUGGGUGCUAGAAAGUUUUGGCAUGAAUAUUUGCCUACAUUACAAUUUUACAAUCCCAACCUGAAAAUUCAAAUUAAUAGAAUUAGCAAUUCUAAUGCUAAAGAUACCUCUGUUCCAUGUCUUUUACAAAUUAUAGAUGUUAACAAUAAAGUUAUAAAUGAAUUAGAUAUGAAAAACAAGUUUGGUUCCGAUAUUGCUCGUGACUUGUUGAAAAAUUUGAAUAACGAUUAUUAUACUCCUAUUCCUAAAGAAAAGUUGAUUAAAUUGGAAAAGAAGAAAUGA